AUGACACAUUCAAAAGUUGAAUGCAAAGGGUUUGUAAACCAUAUUUGCAAAUUCAGCAGUUUGGUAUCAUGCUAUCACGGCUCCAAACAAACAUCUGGUGGCUUCGGGGUGCUUGCAAAGGUACAUGCCGCAGCAACAGGUAAUGAUAAUGCAGAGACAUGUACCCAAGUAACCCGAGGAGAUUCUUGGUCCAUAAAUCCUAUGGGCUUAUAUAAACGUUUGGUUUUGCCGUGUAAUAUUAUAACAUCCUCUUAUUGUAGUCAGUUAUCUGAAGCUACCUUGUCAAAAAUUGGUGGUGGUGUAUGGUGA